CAAGGAGGACGAGGAGUUACGUACGUGGCUAGUGCCAACAUGGAGCCGACGUUGCGGAAGAAAUCGAGCGUCAAAAACAUGUCGCGGCACACCCACGCGAGUGUAUUGGAGCCCCUCGACACGCUGCAGCAGUACGAGGAGCUGUUGGAGACAGCCCAUGCGCACUACAAUCAGGGCAAGUACAACGACGGCAUUGCGAUUUGCGACAAGCUGUACGACGUCGAUGCGUCUCGCACGGACAAUCUGCUGCUGCUCGGGGCACUGCAUUUUCAGCUGCGCAAUUUCUCGGAGGCGAUUUUUUACAACCAACAGUGCAUUCGCAUCGAGCCGCAGUUUGCCGAAGCGUUUGGCAAUCUCGGUGCGUUCAUGGCGAGAUGUGUGUUUGUGAACGCGAUCGAUCCAACGCUUGUGUGGUUGGCGAAAGGGAACGCUUUGAAGGAAAUUGGGGACACCCAUGGCGCGAUCCAGUUUUACUUGCGAGCGAUUAAACUCAACCCUCGCUUUGCUGACGUGUACAACAACUUGGCCAGCAGCUACAUGCAAAUGCACGCCACGCAUGAAGCGAUCGAGACGUACAAAAUGGCGUUGGUGCUGGGUGAGUGACCCUGUUCCAUACGUCGUCGUACAUCGUCAUCCCGUUCAGCAAACCACGAUGGCGCACAUGAAUUGACACUAUGCUCCUUCGUUCGAAUGGUGGUGGCGCACUUUGCACAGCUUUUUUCGUUCGUGUGUGAAUGGAUUGUUCGCAUACUCGUAGAUCCAUGUUUGGUGGAUGCCCAUUCGAAUUUGGGCAACUUGUACAAAGCGCAAGGGUUGUUUGAAGAUGCCACGACAUGCUAUGCCAACGCGAUUCGGGUCAAGCCAACCUUUGCCAUCGCGUGGAGCAACCUGGCGGGUCUCCUCAAGGACGACGGUCAGCUGGACAAGGCCAUCGAGCAUUACAGGGAAGCGAUUCGACUGGCGCCGGACUUUGCCGACGCGCACAGCAACUUGGGCAAUGCGCUGAAGGAAUCUGGACAAACGAAUGCUGCCAUUGAAUCGUACAAGACUGCGAUAGCACUGCGACCAGAGUUUGCCAUUGCCCAUGGCAACUUGGCGAGUAGUUAUUUUGAUGCGCAUCAAGUCGAACUUGCGAUUGCCACGUACCGCAUCGCGAUCCAGCUCGAGCCCAAUUUCCCCGAUGCCCACAACAACUUGGGCAAUGCGCUGCGGGAUAUCGGCCAGCUCGAACAAGCGAUCAGCUGCUACCGCACAGCGCUACGCCUCAAACCAGACCACCCCCACGCAUACAACAAUCUGGGCAACGCCCUCAAAGACAAAGGCAUGAUCAAGGAAGCUAUUCAUUGCUACAUGACGGCGGCGCGGCUGAUGCCUCGAUUUGCGGCAGCCCACAGCAACUUGGGCAGCGUCUUGAAAGAACAAGGCAAAAUUGAGCAGGCCCUUGCGCACUACCAAGAAGCCGUCGCGAUCGAUCCGUCGUUUGCAGAUGCGUUCAGCAACAUGGGAAAUGCGUACAAGGAUCUGCUUCGACUGGACGACGCCAUUGCUUGCUACAGCACGGCGAUUCGUCUCAAGCCGACGUUUGCCGAUACGUAUAGCAACCUGGCGAGUGCGUAUAAAGAUGGCGGUCGCAUGGAGGAAGCGCUCACAUGUUUUCGCAAAGCGCUGAGCCUACGGCCCGAUUUUCCCGAAGCAUUUUGCAACUACGUCCAUUCCCUGGCUGUCGUAUGCGACUGGCGGACUCGCAGCCAGGACAUGAAGAAAUUGAUGGCGAUGCUCGAUCGACAACUGGGCACCGAUUCGACUCUGCCGACCGUCCAGCCGUUCCAUGCCAUCAUUUACCCGCUUCCUGCUGCUCCAUUGCUCGAAAUUUCCAAACGAUAUGCCCAGCGGGCUCGACUGAAUUCGUCGCUCGUGGAUCUCGGCACGCUGCGCUAUCGUGCCAAGCGGUCCGACGAGCGCUUGCGCGUUGGUUACGUGAGUUCGAAUUUUGGAAACCAUCCGCUGUCCCACCUCAUGCAGAGCGUAUUUGGUCUCCAUGAUUCAAACCGGGUUGAAAUCACAUGCUACGCCACGUCUCCGUCAGAUCAGUCGCAGUGGCGCCGAAAAAUCGAGUUGGAAGCUGAACAUUUCAAAGAUUUGAGUGCCAUGAGUACCGGCGACGCGGCACGAUUGAUUCACAACGACGGGAUUCAUAUCCUGGUCGACUUGAACGGCUACACCAAGGGAGCUCGCACCGAAAUUUUCGCGCUGCGACCGGCCCCGAUUCAAGUGUCGCUGAUGGGGUUCCACGGAUCGAUGGGAGCAGACUACAUCCAGUACAUCGUCGCAGAUAAAAUCGUGCUGCCACUGGACCAUGCGGCCGUGGGCUACACGGAAAAAGUGCUGUAUAUGCCCCACACGUUCUUUGUGAACGACCACAAGCAGAGCGCUCGGGCCGUGCUCGAUGUCGACACUUGCCCCAGUCGCAGUCAAUAUGGCCUUCCCGAAGACAAGUUUGUCUUUUGCAACUUUAGUCAGCUCUACAAACUGGACCCGACCAUGUUUGCCACGUGGAUGCAUAUUCUGAAGCGCGUGCCCAACUCGGUCCUGUGGCUCGUGCGAUACCACCACAACGAAUUGGCUGAAACAAACCUGAAAGCCGAAGCGAAAGCCCAUGGGAUUCGAGACUCUCGUCUCCACUUCACCGACGUGGCGCCGAAAGACGAACACUUGAAACGAGGGUACUUGGCCGAUCUUUUCCUGGACACAGCUACGAGCAAUGGCCACACAAUUGGCUGUGACAUCUUGUGGAGUGGUAAGUAUGUUUUGUCGGGUUGCAACCUGCUCGAUUUACGUGCGUCACCAGGGACACCCAUGAUAACGAAAACAGGCCACCACAUGGCGUCGCGCGUCGCGUCGAGUUUGUUGCUGGCCGCCGACUUGCCCGAGCUCAUCGCAGACUCGUUGGAAGAGUAUGAAGAACUGGCCGUCGCGCUGGCGUUGGACAUGGAUAAAUUGUGGGAAUUGCGCAAAAAGCUCGAAUCGACACGCACAACAUGCCCAUUGUUCGACACGAUGCGAUGGGUGCGGAACUGGGAAUCCGCCGUCCUAUUGGCGUGGGAUGCGCAUAUCGCUGACGUGCCACUCGAUCACAUCGACGUCCCAGAUAUCGAAGACCUUGUCGUGUCGUGA